AUGAUCGUAAGCUUCUUCGACCAGUUUGCAAGCCCCGUAUUUCUCGGAAUCCCAUUAAUUGCCAUCGCAAUUGCACUGCCCUGGAUACUCUAUCCAACCCCCUCAUCUCGGUGGGUAAACAAUCGACUCAUCACAACACAAGAGUGGCUUAUUAACCGGUUCACUAAUCAAUUAAUGCUACCGCUGAAUAUAGGAGGACAUAAGUGAGCAUUACUACUAACCUCAUUAAUAAUUUUCUUAAUUACAACCAAUAUGCUUGGGCUACUGCCUUACACCUUUACACCCACCACGCAGCUGUCCCUUAAUUUAGGAUUUGCAGUACCCCUAUGACUUGCCACAGUAAUUAUUGGAAUGCGGAAUCAACCAACAGUCGCCCUAGGACACCUUUUACCAGAAGGAACACCUAUUAUACUAAUCCCCGUACUAAUUGUUAUCGAAACAAUUAGCCUGUUUAUACGACCACUAGCCCUAGGGGUUCGACUCACAGCCAACCUAACCGCAGGCCACCUCCUAAUUCAACUUAUCGCCACAGCUGUGUUUGUCCUUCUACCAAUAAUACCUGUAGUAGCAAUCCUAACCGCCGCCCUGCUCUUCAUGCUGACACUAUUAGAAGUUGCGGUGGCAAUAAUCCAAGCUUAUGUAUUUGUACUUCUUUUAAGCCUGUACCUUCAAGAAAACGUUUAA